UUUCUCGAUGGAAUGACAGUCGCAACGCGUAUCGCGAGUCUGCCGAAUAAUUUCUUAUUACUUAUUAUUAGUUAUUGGUAAUUUAAAAUUUUCUAUUUAGUAUUCAGUAUUAUUACGCCGUUACGUGCGGAGUGUUGUCGGUGCUUUUUUUGAUGUCACUGCGAUACAUCUGUGGCGAGUCUGUUUUGCGUAUUCAAAUCUACCGACCGGCUAUCGUUUUUAUCGACCAUUACGACUAAAGCCGUGACGAGUGUGACGUUAUAAACUAAACCGUCGCUAGUUAAUCGUCUCCGUAUAAAAUGUAUAAAAGUAAAUUCGUUUUGUUAACCCGCAGAUCAUAAUAUUAUUGUUAUUGUGCUAUUUUUUUCGUAUCAGUUUUUCUACGAUUAUAUAUUAUUAUUGUAUACGAUGAGAAUUUCGAAAGAUGCGCACCACCAAUUGGUGAAAUGAAAAAGACACAUCGAUGAAUAUAAGCCGUGGUUGCCUACAACACUAUAGAUCUGUCGAUUAGCGGUCGCUCGUACAAUACACACACAUACACAACACCUCGUGCACACCGCAUACUUGUUGCGUGUCGGUUGCAUCAUCGUAUAAUAACAAUAUAUAGGACGUGUAUGCGUAUAGUUGGCCGGAAGAAACGUCGUCGGCGUCGACUGCCGCGGUGACUGUUACGACGACGACGACGACGACGACGUCGGGCAUCGGCGGCGGCGGCGGCUUACCAACGGGCCAAUGAGAAAGUGGCUGGCGGUCGAUAAGAGGCGGGAACGGUGGCGGUACGCCAUUGGCGGGGCGCCGCGGACGGCCACCGCCGCCGCGUGCCGCCGCGUGUGCUGCACACGCAUUUCGGACACCGUGACGCGCGGCCCUCUGCAGCUGCUGAACGGCCGUGCGUGCAUUUACUGUCUUCACAGCCGCGACCCGUCCGCUCGCUUCGCCGGCACUCUUCACGCGCUUCACCGUCGCCAGAUAAUUCCGUCGCCACCGCUCGCCGGCCACCGCACGUCCGUUUCACGGCCUCCUCCGCCGCCGCCGCCGGACAGCAUGAGCAACGGCAAGACCACCACGCCGCCGGCCACCACGGCCAACAACGCGGCGGCAGCCGCAGCAGCAGCGGCUGCGGCGGCCGCGGCCGCCAUGCUGUUGCACCAACACAACCAGUCGCCGUCGCUGAACCACCAUCACGCCGCCGCCGCUGCCGCCGCGGCCGCUGCAUAUCACCAGCAGCAGCAGCAGCAGCAGCAGCAGCAGCACCAACAGCACCAACAGCACUUGCAGCAUCAGUUGCAUCAGCAUCACCGUGCUCAACACGAACAACAGAUGCACCAUCAUCAUCAACAACAGCAGCAGCAGCAGCAGCAUCAGCAGCAGCAGCAUCAGCAGCAGCAACAACAGCAACAGCAUCAGCAGCAACAGCAACAGCAGCAACAGCUGCCGACGACCGUGGCGGCAGCCGUUCAGGAGGCCGUGGCUGUCGCGCAACACAUCAAGCGGCCCAUGAACGCGUUCAUGGUGUGGUCCAGGGGACAGCGGCGCAAGAUGGCCCAGGAAAACCCGAAGAUGCACAACUCCGAGAUCAGCAAGCGUCUGGGCGCCGAGUGGAAGCUCCUGACCGAACCGCAGAAACGGCCGUUCAUCGACGAGGCCAAACGUUUGAGGGCGCUGCACAUGAAGGAGCAUCCGGACUACAAGUACCGUCCUCGGCGCAAGCCAAAGACGAUGGUGCAGAAGAAGACCGACACCGGCGGUGGUGGUUCGGCGUCGUCCGGCAAACCCGUUCCGUACUCGGUGCGCGACCUGUUGCCGCAACACGAAUCGUCGGCCGCUGGCACCGGCGGCGGAUCUAUCUCGACUUCGGCCGUCGGAUCGAUGCCGGAACAUCAGUCGUCCGCCGCCGCCGCCGCCGCCGCCGCGGUGGCCGUGGCCAAGUUCCCGCGGGCCUACUUUUCGCCGUACCAACACCACCACUACCCGUCGUCGUUCUACCAGCAGGUGGCCAAGGACCUGUCGACGGUGGGCGGCGGCGGCACCGGAAGCGAAGCGGCCGCCGCGGGCAAGGCCGUCCACGAUCUCGCGCUGCACGCGCUCUACGGCAGUUCGCUGUACUCUCGCGCCGUUUCGUUGGCCACCGGAUGGCCGAUGAUGGCCGCGGCUACUUCCGCGGCCGGUGCCAACGGCGGCGGCGGCGGAUGUCCGGUCAACUGCGCCGAGUGCGGCCAGCACGCGGAACGUCCGGCGCACGAGUCGCCGCCGCAACCGCCGCAGCCGCCCAGGCCGGCGCACGAGUCGUCCACGUCGUCGUCCACGCCGUCGCCGCCCGCUCAGCUCCCCCCGCCGCCGCUGCUGUCCACCACCGCGGCCGCGGCCGCGGCCGUCAUCAAGCGGCCCAUCGCGCUGCUCGUCAAGCCGGACCGCGUCGGCGGACAGGCCGGACUGCACGCGCAACACGUCAUAUGAAAACCGCUGCCGGUUCUACCGGAACCGGCCGUCGGCACAGCCUGCACCGCUGCCGCCAUGUCGGCCGCCGUCCAGUGCGGUUGGCCGCAGUGUUCGUCGUCCUCGUCGUCGUCGCCGCCACCGCUGCCCCUGCAG